GUGUUAGCUGAUGAGGGUAAUGGUCCAAGAGAUUGAGAUUUUAAAGAUUGAAGUGAUGCCAGGAUGGAGAAAAGGAACAAAGAUAAAAUUUGAGGGCAAGGGUGAUGAGAAACCUGGAUACCUCCCUGCUGAUAUAGUGUUCAUAAUUGAAGAAAAGAAACACAAUUUGUUUAGAAGAGAAGGCAAUAAUGACUUGGAAAUAUGUAUUGAGAUUCCUCUAGUAGAUGCACUCACAGGGUGCUCUUUACCAAUUCCUAUAUUAGGAGGGGAGAACUUGACUUUGUCAUUUGAGAAUACUGUUGUAUACCCUGGAUAUGUUAAGGUUAUUGAAGCUCAAGGCAUGCCAACCCUUAAAAACGAUGGGAAAAGAGGUGACCUCCAUGUCAAGUUUCUAGUUGACUUCCCUAAAGAAUUGAGUGAUGAACAACGGCAAGAAGCUUUUAGAUCAUCUCUAGUAGGGAACUCAUUUCAGUUCCUAUUUAUGGCCCACCUGUCAUAA